GUGUUACAUCAGAUGAUUCACGGGUUGAUCGUCAAACUGUAAUCAAGCAGAGUUUGGUUUCUGCUUUUAAGACCAGUCUGGCUGCGAAUUUGAAGGCAGAACUGCAAGCAAUUGACUAUAAGCUCCAAGAUCAAGGAUUAGAAGAAAAGCAGUUUGCACGGUGGACCACAACGUGGUGGGAACAGUUUUCAGUACUGUUAAGAAGAGGGGUGAAAGAAAGAAAGCACGAGUCUUUCUCUGGGCUUAAGAUUGGUCAGGUGUUGGUGGUAGCUUUCCUAUCGGGAUUACUAUGGUGGCAAUCUGAUGUCACUCACUUACAAGAUCAGGUACAAAAUUAA